CUAGAAUAGAAGGCUGUCGUACUUGACAGCCAUUUUGCAAUAUUUUAGAUCAGGUGCCUUUUUGACGUUUGUCAGAUAUUAAAUCAAUUGCAAUGUAUUCGUCGUGUUAAAAACAUCGCGUUAUUUCAUUUAUAUAUUUAUGUAUAUUAUUUUAUCUAGUUUGUACUUAUGAACUAUUUCAAUCGAGGGGAAGAAAAUUCAAUAAAUAUGAAGCAGUUUUUGUGUAGUGCAAUUUUAUUAUUUUUGGUCCAAAGCAGUGUUUAUGCCAGAGAAGGUGAAGCCACGUCGCAAAAACUUUUUGAUAUUCGCAGUCCAUUGGUUCUAACCUGUCCAUUGAAAGAUGGUCCUGUUGAUCAGUGGUUUAAAGAUGAGAAAAAAGUAGAAGAAAUCAAUGAUCUCAAGGACCGUUACCAAUUAAUAAAGGAAGAACAUCAAUUCAUUAUUGAAAAAACUGAACAAGAUGAUGCUGGCUCUUACACAUGCAAAGUUGGUUCAGGAGAAAAUGAAAGGGAGCAUACUAUUAUAGUGACUGCCAAACCUGCUGUGAAACUUGGGCUAAGUACUAAUGUCGUAGAAGGUGAAAAACUGCGAGUUGUUUGCACAGUUGUAGGCAAACCUACACCAACAGUGUCAUGGAAAGUUAUUAAUGAGACUUAUGACGAAUCAUCCGAUCGAAUCAAAUUGUUAGAUCAUGACAAUAUACCAAAUUCUGCUUUGGAAAUUGAUUUGGCUGAAAAAAGCGAUCGAGGAGAAUAUACAUGUAUUGCUACUAAUCAAGGCAUUGGAAUUACUGUUAAUUCUACAACCUUGGUUCGAGUUCAAGAUAAAUUAGCUGCUCUGUGGCCAUUUUUGGGUAUCUGUGCUGAAGUAAUAAUUUUAUGCGCGAUUAUUCUCAUUUAUGAAAAGAAACGCAACAAAGCUGAAAUGGAGGAGAGUGAUACAGAUCAAAGUCCAGAUCGAAAAAAUACUCCUGAUCACAUGAAGGACACUGAUGUGAGGCAUAGGAAGUAAACCAAAAAUUUAAUCUAGUUGAAUAAAAGUUAAUGCACCAGAGUAGAAGUAAUCAAAGAGCAAAAAUUAAAAUUCAUUUACAUAUAUAAAAAUAAUUCAUAUUUAAUAUCAAUAACAGUUAUAACAAAACUUACUAACAAAUUAACCUAGUUGUAAUAUUACAUAGAAGAAAACCAGCAACUCAGGUUUAUAUAAUAUAAAUUUAAUACCUUAAUAUAUGAAUUUGAAUAUGAGGUUUGACAUAUUU